AUGAGUGUGCGAGAUAAGAGGGGAAAUGGAGUCAUUACGGCAGGGACGUAUGGGCAGGAGGGGGAGUGUAAAUCGGGCCAACAAGGUGGUGCAUUGUGCGGGGGGAAUAAGCUGCUAACAUCCCUCGGCUCAGACCCUCUGCAAGCAGGAGGAGGAGUGGAGCUGGCAGCAACACAAUGUCAUCCUCAAGGUCACUUCAUCAAGCAUCCUCCAACAUGGGAGGACCGACACUUGAAGGGGACAGUUCCCUCAGUCUGCCUUUGUUCCACGUGUCGAGCUGUGCGUCUCGACAUUCCUCGUUUCUCCCCCUGCUUCUCGGACUGCCUCUUGGAUCUCGACCUCCCGCUUGGACACGGACCAUCUCUGCCUAGCCCUUUGGAAUUGUCUGCUUCCUCACUCAUCAUUACGUUGGCAGAGGGUGUUGAGCAGGCCAGGAAGAAGACAAGGCACCUCUCUAAUGGGCCUCGCUUCAGCCACUUCCUCAGGGCAGGUGAAAGCGCAGCAGCAGGAGGGAGGAACAAAGGAGUCCUGGCCACGGCAAACGACUGGGAGAUGCGGGCCGACCUGAAGAAGCAGCUCAAAUUCCCAGAGGAGAUAGCCCACACUACCCUGAGACCUGAUAUUGUUCUGUGGUCUAGAGGAACCAAACAGGUGGUGCUUAUCGAGCUGACAGAACCUUGGGAAGAGAGGAUGGAGGAGGCGUACGAACGCAAGCUCAGGAAGUACCAAACCCUCAUCCUCGAGAGCCAGCAAAAUGGAUGGAAGGCCUGGAACCUACCGGUGGAGGUCGGCUGUAGAGGUUUUGCGGGGCGGUCGCUCUGGAGAGCCCUCGGACUGCUAGGGAUCGAGGGGCUGGCUAGGAAGCGGCUGGUAGCCAACACCACUAAAAGGGCAGAGGAAGCAUCACGCUGGAUUUGGAUACAAAGAAAGGUGCGGUGGCAGAGCCGACCUACUGAAGGACUAGGGACAUAG